AUGAAGAUAGCUGUUAAAAAUUCCAUCUUUUUUUACUGCUGCUGUUUCUCUCUGUGGGGUUAUGCUGUAAUUGCUCUCACUUCUGAUGGCACCGCUUUACUUUCCCUUUCUAGUCACUGGAUUGGUGUACCCUCUUCUUGGAAUGCUUCAGAUUCCACUCCAUGUUCUUGGGUUGGUGUUGAAUGUGAUAACAACCACUUUGUCACCUCUUUGAACCUCUCUGGCUAUGAUAUCUCUGGCCAAUUGGGACCUGAAAUUGCUUAUUUGAAGCACUUGCUUACCAUUGAUUUGAGUUAUAAUGCUUUCUCUGCCUCCAUUCCUUCUCACCUCAUUAAUUGCACUCUUCUUCAGUACUUAGAUCUAUCCUACAACACCUUUACUGGAGAAAUCCCUUCAAACAUUGGAAAUUUACACAAGUUAACCUUCAUAAGCCUCCUCUCUAAUUCAUUGACUGGUAAUAUUCCUGAUUCCUUAUUUUCUAUCCCACAUUUGCAAACUAUCUACUUUAACCAAAACAGGUUAAAUGGUUCCAUCCCAUCCAGCAUUGGUAACUUGACUCACCUUUUCUCUCUCUAUCUUUAUCAGAAUGACUUGUCCGGUCCAAUUCCGUCUUCCAUAGGAAACUGUACUAACUUGCAAGAAUUGUAUUUGAAUGAUAAUCAUUUAGUUGGUAGUUUGCCUGAGAAUUUUGAUAAGCUACAACACCUUGUUUAUUUGGACUUGAGCAAUAAUAGUCUACAAGGAAGUAUCCCUUUCACUUUAGGUAACUGCAAACAUCUUGACACUCUGGUCUUGUCAUCCAACACUUUCAAUGGGGAACUUCCUCCAAGUUUGAUGAAUUGUACUAACCUAAAAGUUCUUGCUGCUUUUUCUUCUGGUUUAAGUGGCCCUGUUCCUGCUUCUCUAGGCCAGCUCACAAAGUUGGAGAAGCUUUACCUUACUGACAACAAUUUCUCUGGAAAAAUACCACCUGAGCUGGGGAAGUGCCAGGCCUUGCAGGAAUUACUUCUACCGGAAAACCAACUGGAAGGUGAAAUCCCUAGUGAACUAGGAUCACUCAGCCAGUUGCAGUAUCUCUCUCUAAAUUCCAACAAAUUGAGUGGUGAGAUUCCCCGCACUAUUUGGAAGAUUCAAAGUCUUCAACAUCUUCUUGUCUAUCGGAACAACCUGACUGGGGAAUUACCUCUUGAAAUGACUGAGUUAAAACAAUUGAAGAACAUAUCCUUAUUUGAAAACCAGUUUACCGGAGUUAUACCUCAAGGUUUGGGGAUUAACAGCAGUCUAACGCUGCUGGAUUUCACAAACAACACCUUCACAGGUCCUGUUCCACCUAAUCUUUGUUUUGGAAAGAAACUUGAGAAGCUUAUUUUAGGUUAUAAUCAUCUCGAAGGUGGCAUUCCUUCUCAAUUAGGACAAUGUUAUACUUUGACGAGAGUAAUUCUCAAAAAAAAUAAUCUGUCAGGUGCCAUUCCAGAUUUUGUUAAGAAUAUAAAUCCUAUUUUCUUGGAUCUCAGUGAGAAUGGCUUCAGUGGGAAAAUAUCCCCAAGUUUGGCAAAUCUUGGAAAUGCUACAUCAAUUGACUUAUCAGUGAAUAAGCUUUCAGGGUUUGUACCACCAGAGCUGGCAAACCUUAUCAACCUCCAGGGUUUGAAUCUUUCGUACAAUGGUUUGGAAGGUGUACUGCCAUCUCAGCUUUCAAACUGGCAGAGACUGUUGAAGUUUGAUGCAAGUCAUAAUUUGUUGAGUGGAUUGGUCCCAUCCAUUUUUGGAAGCUUGGAAGAGCUAUCCAUUUUGAGUCUGAGUGAGAAUAAUCUUUCAGGAGGUAUUCCAACCUCCUUGUUUGCACUCAAGAAGCUCUCCAAGCUGCAGCUUGGUGGAAAUGCACUUGGUGGGGAAAUUCAUUCAGCAAUUGCGACUGCAUCAAGAGAAACACUGAGGUGUUUAAAUCUGAGUAGUAACAGGUUGACAGGUGAACUUCCUGCGGAGCUAGGAAAAUUCACUUUCCUGGAGGAGUUAGAUAUAGCUGGCAAUAACAUUUCUGGAACUUUAAGAGUUCUUGAUGGAAUGCGUUCAUUGAUAUUCAUCAAUGUAUCAUACAACCUCUUUUCUGGUCCAAUACCUGCACAUCUGAUGAAGUUCCUCAACUUAACUCCUACCUCUUUCUCGGGAAACUCGGGCCUUUGCGUGCACUGUGAUCCAGAAGAAGGCUCAAAUUGCCCUGAGAAUAUCAUGUUAAGGCCCUGUGAUCUUCAAUCAAACAAUGGAAGGCACCUAAGUGUAGCAGAAACGGCAAUGAUUGCACUUGGGGCACUGAUAUUUACCAUUUCCUUACUCCUAGUAAUUGCUUACAUGCUUCUGUGGCGCAAAAGUUCUGGGAAAGGAGUUGCAAUCUCUGCUCAAGAAGGUGCAUCGUCCCUGCUUAAUAAAGUAUUGGAAGCUACUGGGAACCUAAACGAUAAGUAUGUCAUUGGGAGGGGAGCUCAUGGAGUUGUAUAUAAGGCCAUCUUGGGUCCAGGGAAAGUGUAUGCUGUGAAAAAGCUGGUGUUUGUUGGUAUAAAGGAUGGAAGCAGAAGUAUGGUUAGAGAAAUUCAGACAAUUGGAAAGGUUAGGCACCGCAAUCUUGUCAAAUUAGAAGACUUCUGGCUGAGAAAGGAUUAUGGGCUGAUUCUUUAUAAUUACAUGGAGAACGGGAGCCUUCAUGAUAUUCUCCAUGAGACUAAGCCACCUGUAACAUUAGAAUGGAGCGUUCGGUACCGAAUUGCUAUUGGAGUUGCUCAAGGGUUGUCAUAUCUCCAUUUCGACUGUGAUCCUGCCAUUGUGCAUCGAGACAUCAAGCCCAUGAAUAUCUUGUUGGACUCUGAUCUGGAGCCUCACAUAUCAGAUUUUGGUAUUGCCAAGCUUCUGGAUCAGUCUGCAGCAACUUCCGCCUCCAAUGCCCUUCAGGGCACUGUUGGAUACAUGGCUCCAGAAACUGCAUUUGCAGCUACAAAGAGCAAGGAGUCAGAUGUUUAUAGUUAUGGUAUUGUCCUGUUAGAACUUAUAACUCGAAAGAAGGUGUUGGACCGUUCACUCUAUGGGGAUACAGAUAUUGUGUGUUGGGUUAGGUCUGUUUGGACUGAAACUGAAGAAAUUGAGAAGAUUGUGGAUCCAAGACUUUUGGACGAAUUCAUAGACUCAAGUGUCAUGGAACAAGUAAUUGAAGUGCUUUCACUAGCUCUUAGAUGUACAGAGAAGAAAGUCAGCAAAAGACCCUCAAUGAAAGAGGUAGUCAAGCUAUUGACAAGGUCAAGUUCGAGUAUACGAAGCAAGUACUAGCUAGCAGGGACAUGUAGUAUCUAGUGUAUCAGUCAGAGGGGGUUCCAUAUAAACGCCUGAUGUGUUCUAGGUACUCUAUUUUCCAGAUUAAAGUAGUCCUAGCUUCCAGCUUUCUGAAUCCAUGUUACAAAAUGCUCCCUGCAGGUUCAGUAUCUUUUUAUUGGUAGAGGGUGAUAAAAAUAUAUUUACUUCUGUAGUUUAGAAAGAGAAGGCGUGUGCCUUGUAGCUGUAAAUGUUCUUUUCCAUCACAUGAACAUGGAUGAAAACUAAAGAUAACUUACUGAUUUUCAUCUUAGUUAAUCAUAUUCUCGGCAAAAAGCAGUUCCUUUUGCCAUUCUUAGCAGGAUCUGUUAUGGUAAAGCCAUAUUGUUUUCUCCCUAGCUAUUUGCAAUUGUACAAUUACUCCAAUAAAAUAAGCUUUCUUAAGCAUUUUUUUU